AUGGCCUCCAACGGUACUACCAAUGGUACUCACAAUGGUAUCAGCAACGGUGCCGGUGCCUACCACGCUGCUUCCACCCAAGAGGCAAUCCAGGCUGAGAAGGACUUUGCUGCCCACAACUAUCACCCUCUUCCCGUGGUGUUUGCUCGUGCUCAGGGUACCUCCGUCUGGGAUCCCGAGGGCCGUCACUACCUGGACUUCCUGUCUGCCUACUCUGCCGUUAACCAGGGUCAUUGCCACCCGAAACUCGUCGCUGCCUUGGUCGAUCAGGCCUCGCGACUGACUUUGAGCUCUCGAGCCUUCUACAACGAUGUCUUCCCGCGGUUCGCCCAGUUCGUGACCGAGUACUUUGGUUUCGACAUGGUGCUGCCUAUGAACACUGGUGCCGAAGCCGUCGAGACGGGAAUCAAGCUGGCUCGCAAAUGGGGAUACAAGGUCAAGGGCAUUCCGGAGAACCAGGCGGUGGUCCUAAGUGCUGAGAACAACUUCCACGGACGAACCUUCGCCGCCAUUUCUUUGUCCUCGGACCCCGAGUCGCGUGAAAACUACGGCCCUUACCUACCCGGCAUUGGUUGUACCAUCCCCGGCACGGAGAAGCCUAUCACCUACAAUGACAAGGCGGCUUUGCGGGAGGCUUUCGAGAAGGCCGGGCCUAACCUUGCUGCCUUCCUGGUCGAGCCCAUCCAGGGUGAGGCCGGCAUUGUCGUCCCCGACGAAGACUAUCUGCAAGAGGCGCGGGCGCUGUGCGACAAGUACAACGCCUUGCUGAUCUGCGAUGAGAUCCAGACGGGUAUCGCUCGCACGGGCAAGCUGCUCUGCCACGAGUGGAGUGGAAUCAAGCCCGACUUGGUGCUUCUGGGUAAGGCUAUCUCCGGCGGUAUGUACCCGGUGUCGGCUGUACUGGGCCGGAAGGACGUUAUGCUCACUGUCGAGCCUGGCACCCACGGAUCGACAUAUGGCGGUAACCCCUUGGCCUGUGCCGUGGCCAUCCGUGCCUUGGAGGUUGUCAAGGAGGAGAACAUGGUCGAGAGGGCUGAGAAGCUGGGCCACGUCUUCCGCAACGGCUUGAAAGCCAUCAAGAACCCCAUGAUCCAAACCGUGCGUGGCAAGGGUCUGCUGAAUGCCAUUGUUAUCGACGAGUCGAAGACCAACGGACACAGCGCUUGGGAUCUGUGCAUGCUGAUGAAGGAGAAGGGUCUGCUGGCCAAACCCACUCACCAAAACAUCAUCCGUCUUGCCCCGCCUCUCGUCAUCACCGAUGAAGAGAUCCAGAAGUCCCUGGAGAUCAUCGAAGAGGCUGUGGAUGAGCUCCCGAGUCUCAAGGGCGGUGCACCUCCCCCGGAGAAGAAGGCCAAGACCGGCGAGAAUUAG